AUGUACGUUGUUGUCUCAUUUGUAGUGUGCAUCUUUGGCCAUAGGGAGGCAGUGUCUACUGUCAUUACGAUCUACUGCAGGGAGACACAUUCAUGCUGUGAUUAUGUUCCUAUUGAGAAGCAUUUCACAAUUUCACGCUGUUUAGGUUCACACUGUUUAGGUUCACGUUGUUUCGGUUCACACUGUUUAGGCACACGUUGUUUAGGUUCACGUUGUUUAGGUUCACAUUGUUUAGGUUCACGUUGUUUAGGUUCACGUUGUUUCGGUUCACGCUGUUUAGGUUCACACUGUUUAGGUUCACUCUGUUUAGGUUCACGCUGUUUAGGCACACGUUGUUUAGGUUCACGUUGUUUAGGUUCACGUUGUUUAGGUUCACGUUGUUUAGCUUCACACUGUUUAGGUUCACUCUAUUUAGGCACACAUUGUUUAGGUUCACGUUGUUUAGGUUCACGUUGUUUAGGUUCACGUUGUUUAGGUUCACACUGUUUAGGUUCACACUGUUUAGCUUCACACUGUUUAGGUUCACUCUAUUUAGGUUCACUCUAUUUAGGCACACAUUGUUUAGGUUCACGUUGUUUAGGUUCAUGUUGUUUAGGUUCACGUUGUUUAGGUUCACACUGUUUAGGUUCACGUUGUUUAGGUUCACGUUGUUUAGGUUCACACUGUUUAGGUUCACGUUGUUUAGGUUCACACUGUUUAGGUUCACGUUGUUUAGGUUCACACUGUUUAGGUUCACGUUGUUUAGGUUCACACUGUUUAGGUUCACGUUGUUUAGGUUCACGUUGUUUAGGUUCACAUUGUUUAGGUUCACGUUGUUUAGGUUCACGUUGUUUAGGUUCACACUGUUUAGGUUCACUCUGUUUAGGUUCACACUGUUUAGGUUUCCACUGUUUAGGUUCACUCUGUUUAGGUUCACGUUGUUUAGGUUCACACUGUUUAGGUUCACGUUGUUUAGGUUCACGUUGUUUAGGUUCACACUGUUUAGGUUCACUCUGUUUAGGUUCACGUUGUUUAGGUUCACGUUGUUUAGGUUCACACUGUUUAGGUUCACUCUGUUUAGGUUCACGUUGUUUAGGUUCACGUUGUUUAGGUUCACACUGUUUAGGUUCACUCUGUUUAGGUUCACGUUGUUUAGGUUCACGUUGUUUAGGUUCACACUGUUUAGGUUCACUCUGUUUAGGUUCACGUUGUUUAGGUUCACACUGUUUAGGUUCCCACUGUUUAGGUUCACUCUGUUUAGGUUCACGUUGUUUAGGUUCACACUGUUUAGUGUGA